AACAGUUAACGGUCCCACACGAAAGAUUUGUAGCGUCCGGUACGAAUGAAUUGUAGAGAACGGCAGACCUUAUCUAAUGGACGUUGCAACAACAGCAACGACUCACUUUACUAUUCUUCGGCAGCCGCAAAUGUUGUUUGCUCCUAAGUCUCGAUCUUUGCCCGACGCUUGCAGUGUAUAUACUCGAACAUUCUCUUUUCCUUCUGGUAAAAGUAAAAGCCGGAGCAAUCAUCAUUUUCAGCACCCCACCAAGUCCAAGUAUGGAGCUCUGAAUUGUCUAUGCUGCUCUACCGAUUCGAAUUCACGUCGUGGUUUCGGUCCGACUGACGGCAACACUAACAAGGGCAAGAAUUCCGCAACUGCCAGAAGGCAGGCCAAGGGCACAGUGCGUCCGCAAAGGAAUUCAUCUACCCCACAGUCCGACGACAUCCUUAAUCACGCACUGAACUCUACGAAUGAUGUCAGAAAGUCAAAAAGUGUGGGGUCAGAUCUCCAGUUUGAGGAACGGUUGCAAGCAGUAAAAAGGUCGGCGCUUCAGCAGAAGAAAACAGAGGAAGAGAAAGCAAAUGGAGCAAUUGACUAUGAUGCUCCGGUUGAGUCCAGAAGUACUACAAUCGGACUGGGUACCAAGAUUGGAGUUGGAGCAGCUGUUAUUGUAUUUGGACUCGUAUUUGCACUCGGUGACUUUCUUCCCUCUGGAAGUGUUAGUCCCACUGAGGAGAUUGCCAGCAAGGGUAAGAGAAUUGCUGAAGAUGAGAGAGCUAACCUCCUGAAGACGCUUCAGCAAUUUGAGGCUACACUGGCUUCAUCACCAGAGGAUCCCAUCUCCCUUGAAGGAGCUGCUGUGACCUUAGCAGAACUGGGGGAGUACAAUCGAGCCUCUUCCCUUCUUGAGGAAUUGAUUAAGAAAAAACCAAGUGACCCUGAUGUUUACCGUUUGCUUGGAGAAGUCAAAUAUGGACUGAAGGAUUAUGAAGGAAGUGCUGCUGCUUUUAGAAUGUCUUCCAUGGUAUCCAGAACUAUUGAUUUUGAAGUUCUACGUGGCCUUACAAAAGCACUGAUUGCCACGAGGAAGCCAGAUGAGGCUGUUCAAAUGCUUUUGGCAUCACGCAAAAGUCUGAAAGAAGAAAAAACUAUUGGUAGCAAUGAUGGAACCAAGAACAGUGAAAUGAAAUCAAAGUCAGAGGUAGACCCAAUUCAAGUUGACCUGCUUCUUGGAAAAGCAUACUCAGAAUGGGGCCAUGUCAGCGAUGCCGUGUCUGUAUAUAAUCAACUCAUUUCUACCUAUCCUGAUGACUUUAGGGGUUACUUAGCGAAGGGUAUUAUUUUGAAAGAGAACGGAAAUGUUGGUGAUGCUAAGCGGAUGUUUAUACAAUUGAUGUCGCAGGCAAGAUUCUUUGCACCAGAGAACGCUAAGGCGCUUGUUGAUAAGUAUUCAAAAUGAUUUCCCCUGAAUAGUCCUUUGAUCACCCUGGCUGUUACACUAUUGAGAUGGAUCAAACAGUAGCUUGAAUUGUCCAGCAUCAGAGAAAAGUUCAGUAGGUCGCGAAUUUAUGAAUUAUGAGAUUCUUCUGCAACUGAGAAGUAGUAAUGGAUGACAGUUUCCAACAUCUACUUCAUUACUAAUAGUUGGGUGCUACUGGAUGCAUAUUCAAGAUAUACUAGUUGUGUACACAUAGGAUAUUUCUUUUUGAUUAAUGUGGCACGUCGGUUAAAAAGCGCUCUGUUUGACAUUCAGUGUACACUGAGGUUGGAAUUACCUUUAUUCCAUUUUCUCUUAUUACUCA